CAGGCCGGUGGCUGAGAGAAAUAGCCAGAGCGAGGGAGAAGACAGGAAGACUCGGGAGGGAAAGACUGAGGAGAGGAAGGGAUAAUGAGAGAAGAAGAAGAAACCCAUUCCAGCUGUGUUUCGAUAACAGAGCCGUGAGAACUUCUUCACAUUGAGGAAUUUUCCACGGCACGCCAAGGGAACAAACUUCUGACAUUCUCCUGUCGGCAUUUAUUUAUUUUUUCACAAACAAAACAUCUACUUGUACAUGUCGACGGGACAUAAAUAGCACCACAGUUCAUUGGACGAGAAGUUGAAUUUACUGUUCUAGUUUGGUGCAUCAGAAGCCUCCUCAGCUUGUCAUUUUGAAGACAAACAUGAGCAACUUGACUCUGCUGGAGAGCUUGUUCUUCCCUCCUCUCUGCGAUGGCUGGACCAACAAAACAGAGGGAGCCAUCUACCAUUUGGGCAACACCAUGCUGGUCCUGGGCUACAUGGGGGGCAGCGGGGCCUACGGGUGCCUCUUCAUCUUCGGCUUCCUGACUCCAGCCUUCGGGUGCCUGACCCUGUGGGGCUGGAUGACGAUGUGCGGCCUGGACGUUUUCACCUGGAACCUCCUCCUGCUGCUGGCUUGCCUGGGUCAGAUCUGCCACCUGCUGUACCGGCUGCACCAGGAGGGGAUACGCAGCGAGGAGAUGACCUCCCUCUACCAGGCGGUGUACCUGCCGCUGGGCGUGCCCGUCCAGGUGUUCCAGGAGAUCGCAGGCGCCUUUGAGAGCAAGGUGGUGGAGCUGAAAGUAGGAGAGACGUACGCUGUGGAGGGAAAGACGCCCAUCGACCAGCUCUCCUUUCUGCUGUCUGGGAGGAUCAAUGUAUCUUUGGAGGGUCAGUUCCUGCACUACAUCCACCGCCACCAGUUCCUCGACUCUCCAGAGUGGGAGUCUCUCAGACCAAACGAGGAGGGAAAGUUUCAGGUGACGAUGACAGCAGAAGAAGACUCUCGCUACAUCUCGUGGCGUCGCCGUCGCCUCUACCUCUUGAUGUCGAAGCACCGCUACAUCUCUCGCUUGUUCUCCGUCAUGCUGGGCCACGACAUCGCCGAGAAGCUCUACAACCUCAACGACAAGCUAUACAUCAAGUGCGGCAUGCUGCUGGACAUCCGCCUGCCCAGCCUCUACCACGUGUUGGCCCCUUCCUCUCAGAGCAGCGAGGGCAGCGAGGUCAAAGAGCAUCUUCAUCAUCAGGGAGAAGACCCAGCACCGACCUAUCGGACCUCAGAUCCAGACGAGUUUCAGCCCAGCCUGCAGGGACCAAGAACCCCCCACCUGGAAGACCCCCAGACCCCCCUGAACGACCGCCAUCACAUCCCCUGGGCGUCAGACCCCGAGCUGCCCACCGGUGAGGACUCCACCAGCCUGGUCCUGGAGGAUUUUGCCGAUGUGGCGGGCUCCUUAACGGAUUAUGGCAGUGAGAGGGAUUAUUUGAGGUAGAGGGGCAUGGAGGGGGCUGCGGCUAACACACUGGGUCACCACUUAAGCUACAUGAGGGGAUGGUAACGGGGAACUUCCACCUCGAUUCCUGAGGGGCAGAGCGCCGCUGGCUCCCACCGACACUCCCAAACUGUGAGAGCAGUUUCUCCUGGAAACACUUUAUCAUCAUCAGCAGUGAGUCUCCACCUCCCUCACCUCAGUUCACAUCAUCAGGCCUGAGCAUAGAGAAGACCUUCCUUCUCUCUAUUUCAUUGACAGCCUGAGUGAUGAGGAUAAUAUUGAUAUAUUUUACCAAUCAAUACUUGUGGAAAGCUGAUAUUCAUCACCAUAAUAACUCAAAUGUAUGUUAUGUCCACAAUUUGUAAGUUCUUUGUGUCAUCUGGUCAUGAUUUAAAGCCUCUGAAGAAGCAUUAAUGCCACCAAAUCUGCCUUAAAAUCUUAGAAGCAGGGGGACCCAUCACAUGUAUUCAAUUAGAAAAUAUAGAUAUUUCAGCAUUUCAAUGAGCAAAGAUGUUAUAUAAUAGAUUUUUGUAAACACCAAGUGAACCAAUAAACUUCUAAAUGAACAAAUAUUUUGAGUCUGUCACAAUUCUCAAAGAAAAAAGAAGGGACAUGCUGUCAUUUAAUACAUCUUAAUGACACUUUCAUAUAUGUACCUGAGGACAGAGGGAUGGCUUUCACGUUACCAGCAUAUUAAAUGUAUGACAAAUGUAUUCUGAGAUAAUUCAACAGAUGUAUUAAGUGUUCAUCUUACCAACAAUAAAGGUAAGACAUUGACUUCA